AUGGAGUCUAAAGAAACCUUAGCAGAGUACACAUUGGAAGAUGUUGCGCAGUACAACACUGUAGACAAUUUGUGGGUAGUAAUUCACGGGAAAGUCUACGAUGUCUCGGGGUAUUUGGACGACCACCCUGGUGGAAAAGAUGCGAUGCUCGAGGUGGCAGGUACCGAUGCCACAGGAGACUUCGAGUUUGUCGGUCACUCUGAAGACGCCUUUAAAACCCUCGUCAAGUUUGAAACUGGUUCUCUGGCGGAAUAUUCAGUUUGUGAAAAGAGGACAAUGCGCAAGCAAAUCUUGUCAGACGAGUUUGAGAAUGAAGGGCUACCAUUCUUCAAGGUGGCGUGGCACAGGACACAGCUUCUUGAAACGAAGCUAGAACUCUGGAAACGGCUCGGCUUGGCCACCUUGGGCUUGACACUCAUACCUGUCAUGUAUGUUAAAGUUCUCCGCCACUACAUAUUUCAAUUGGGCAGUGUCUUGGACUUUGGAGGCUUUCAGUCUGGCGUUCUCGCAACUUUGAUAUUGUUCGGCGCUCUGGCAGCGGCAGCAAGCGCCUGGUUUCGCCGCUGUGUAUUUCACUACAAAGAUGUGUUUGAGUACCCGCCGUAUUAUUCUUUGUAG